UUUUUACAGGGAUUCAGUUCUAUAAAACAGGAUGUCAAUAAGACCACCGUGGAAGAAUUUAUUUUAAUUGCAUUCUCUGACCUAAGGCAACUCCAGUUAUUACUCUUCUUCUUAGUUUUAAUAGCAUACAUCAUCUGUGUUACAGGAAAUAUUACCAUCAUUGUCUUAGUUAGGACUGAACCCUUGCUUCAAACUCCAAUGUAUUUUUUCAUAAGUACAUUUGCUGUUCUUGAAAUUAUGUUUGUGACAGAUGCUAUACCUAAGCUUCUGGAUAAUUUGAUUUCAGGAAAUAAGAGGAUAUCUUUCAUUGAAUGUUUUACACAGAUGUUUGUUUUCAAUGGUUUGGGUGCAACAGAAUGCUAUAUGUUAUUGGUCAUGGCCUUUGAUAGGAACUUGGCUAUUAACAAUCCUUUACAAUAUUCUGCUUUUAUGAGGAAGGAAAUAUAUUCUCUAUUAGCUGUGGCACCAUGGAUUGGUGGUUUUGCAGCUUCUUCUGUGACUACUGGUUUUAUAGCCCAAUUGAAUUUCUGUGGGCCAAACCAAAUAAAUCAUUUCAUCUGUGAUUUGGCUCCACUUCAGAUGUUGUCUUGCUCUGAUCCUUCCAUGAGCAAAUUAGUCUCAAUUUUAACAGCCAUUUUUGCCAGCAUUUUCUCAGUUCUCAUUAUUAUGUCCUUCUAUAUUCACAUUAUUAAAGCUAUCUUAAAAAUCAAAGGAGCUGAAGGCAAACAAAAAGCCUUCUCUACCUGUUCCUCUCACCUUGUUGUGACCAGUCUCUUCUUUGGAGCAGUUCUUGUUGUAUACAUCAUACCUACUGGAAGGGAAAGCACCCAAUUUAAUAAAUUUCUAGCUCUUGUAUACACUGUUCUCACUCCGUUGUUAAAUCCCUUUAUUUAUACCUUGAGGAACAAGGAUGUGAAGUCAGCAAUAAAAAAAGUUAAGAGUUUACUAACCCAUUUUCUGGUUGUUUUUUCUUCAUGUAAGCAAAUUAAUUGA